CCGAAAUUCAAUUGCCAUUAGCUCAAAAACAUAAAACUCUUAUCCCAAUCCCCAGUUGUCUCCACCUUGUCGGUGGGGUAUCAAAAAAGAUCCGAAAUUCUUGUAAAGUUUGGGAAUUGGAAUCUGGGUUUUUGUUGUUAUAGGCCCUUUGCUCCGAACUUGUUCGACAAUAUUCCUGAACGGGAUUUCUUGAAGAAACUGAUAGAUUGUUCCCCUUCGUCUCUGUUUGUUGAAUCUCGUCUCCUGCCUCCUUAACAUCUUGUGAAAGAUGGUUGCUUUUGGGAAGAAGCUAAAGGAAAGACAAGUUCAAGAAUGGCAAGGAUAUUAUAUCAACUACAAAAUAAUGAAGAAAAAGGUUAGGCAGUAUUCGAACCAAAUUGAAGCCGGGGCUUUGGACCGCCGACAUGUUCUCAAGGAUUUCUCAAGAAUGCUGGACAAUCAGAUUGAAAAGAUUGUGCUCUUCUUGCUGGAACAGCAAGGAGCACUUGCGGGCAGGAUAACUGAACUCAAUGAGCGUCAAGAAAGUCUUCAAGAGCAGCCUGAAAUAUCCAAAAUAAGUGAGCUGCGGGAAGCUUAUAGGGAAGUGGGACGUGAUCUUCUUAAGCUUCUUUUCUUUGUUGAAAUAAAUGCCAUUGGGCUGCGGAAAAUAUUAAAGAAGUUUGACAAACGCUUUGGCUAUAAAUUUACCAAUUACUAUGUCAAAACACGGGCCAAUCACCCCUAUUCGCAGCUUCGGCAAGUUUUCAAGCAUGUGGGACUAGGGGCAGUUGUUGGAGCAAUAUCUCGUAAUCUUGCAGAACUGCAAGACCGUCAGGGAAGCUACUUGUCUAUUUAUGACCAGCCUGCUCUUCCCCUUCAGGAUCCUGUUGUCGACUCAAUAAGAGCAGCAACAGACAGGUUAACUCAUUCAACAAACUUCCUAAGCUUUUUGGGCCAGCAUGCACUUAUAAUGCAAGAAGAGUUGCCUAGUGCAGUUGAAGAAGAUGUUGAUGAUCAAAGAUACCAUUUUAUGUCACUCAUGUUGAACCUGGCCAACACUUUCCUUUAUAUGGUUAAUACAUAUAUUAUUGUUCCCACAGCAGAUGACUAUUCUAUGAGUCUUGGUGCUGCAGCUACGGUUUGUGGCAUUGUGAUUGGGUCAAUGGCAGUUGCACAAGUUUUCUCAUCGGUGUAUUUCAGUGCUUGGUCAAACAAGUCUUAUUUCAGACCUUUGGUAUUUAGCAGUAUAGCUCUUUGUAUAGGCAAUAUCCUAUAUGCACUCGCCUAUGACUUGAAAUCACUACCAGUUCUACUGAUAGGGAGAUUAUUCUGCGGUUUGGGUUCUGCAAGAGCAGUGAACCGAAGGUAUAUCAGUGACUGUGUGCCACUUAAAAUCCGAAUGCAAGCUUCGGCAGGCUUUGUAAGUGCCAGUGCUCUGGGAAUGGCAUGUGGUCCUGCACUUGCCGGCCUACUUCAAGCUGAUUUCAAACUAUACAAGCUAACAUUGAACAAAGAAACUUUACCCGGUUGGAUUAUGGCUUUGGCAUGGUUAAUGUAUUUGGUGUGGUUAUGGAUCUCAUUUAGAGAACCUGUGCAAGAAACUGAAGAAAUCAAUGUUACACAUGAUUCCAGUGCAGUGCCAGAUAACGCUGUGCUAGAGGAAGGUCUCGCGAAACCACUGCUCAUAAAAUCUGAAGAACAAGAUGGUGAUGGUGACCAAGAAUGUGAUGAGAGCGAAGAAGCCCCAGAGGAGUCUCGACUGCCCGCCAACUCCAUUGGAUCAGCAUACAGAUUAUUGACUCCAUCCGUGAAGGUUCAGUUGUUGAUUUACUUUAUGCUGAAAUAUGCUAUGGAGAUUUUACUCUCGGAGUCCAGCGUUAUCACCGAAUAUUACUUCCAGUGGUCAACUGGCACUGUCUCAAUCUUUUUAGCAUGUCUUGGCUUAACCGUUCUUCCGGUAAAUAUUGUUGUUGGAAGCUACAUAAGCAACAUGUUCCAAGACAGGCAAAUUUUGCUGGCAUCUGAGAUUGUGGUUUUCUUUGGAAUACUCCUCAGCUUUCAAGUAAUGGUGCCAUAUUCUGUGCCACAGUAUGUCAUCUCUGGGCUGAUAAUGUUUGUGUCUGCAGAGGUUUUGGAAGGUGUGAACUUGUCCCUCCUCUCCCGAGUCAUGUCGUCCCGUCUUUCUCGUGGAACGUACAACGGCGGGCUCCUGUCGACGGAAGCCGGCACAAUAGCCCGGGUCGUCGCCGACGGAACCAUAACGGCUGCCGGUUAUUUGGGGCAGAGCAGACUCUUAAAUGCCACACUGCUUCCAUCACUUGUCAUUUGUGUUGCAUCCAUUGUUGCCACCUGUUGUACUUACAAUUCCUUCCCUUCCCUUGAGCUUUUCCUCCAUAUGUACGAGGUCUUACCCGGGGGUAGUAACUGUCCGGGCUUCGUUUAUUUCCAUUCACGCAACAAGAGGAGUUUUGUGACCGGUCUUCCUCCUAGCCAUAAGAAAUGGAAACGAAGAUUUGUUUUCAUUGAGUUCCCUUCUAACCAAUUCCCUUUCACUAACCCUGAAUGGGCUGACCGGGUGGUAAAACCUGAAAGGGUUCACCCGGACCCCACUCCCGAGCUUGAGGACGCAUGUGAGAAACUUCUCAAGGGUGAUCCUGUGACCGGGAAACCUUACACCUAUGGAGGCUGGGUGUACCGGUUGUCCAACCCGGAUGGGGGUAUGUCUGCGACCCAUGACGCAGAAGAUGACCGGGCCAACUCCCCGGAUGGUCAUGCUGAGGGCAGUUCUCCUCAUCCAGAUAAGAAGGUGAAGUCCCCUUCGGCCACCCAUCUCUUCGAGGAUGACCGGUUUGACUCUCUUCAGGCCCAUAUCGAAUCCAAGCCUAAGGAGGCCGGUCAAUCUUCUUCCCGUGCUAAGGGCCACAAAAGGAAAGGGUCCCAUAAGAGUUCCAAAGGGGGCAAGAAGAAGAAGACCGGGUCGCUUGAUCUGGAGGGGGAGUCGGUUGAAGAGGCCUUCCUUGCAUUGACCAGAAGACUCCAAAAGGUUGGAGUCCUUUCUGAAGAAAUUGGUCAGUCACUCAUUGAACCAACCAACCAGUCCCCUCAACUGAAUCUCCUGCUUGAAUCGGCCAAGUCAGAAAUAAAUGACCUGGUCGAGAGGGAGAGACGGUUAGAGGUAGAGCUGAGGAUUGAGAGGGCCAAGCUUGAGGAGGAAAGGGCCUUGCUAGAGGAGGAGAGGGCAAGAUCUGCUCGUUUGGAGGAGGAAGGGAAGAGGAAGGUUGCCGAACUUGAGGAGGCGUUGGCCCAAGUGGAAGAAUCUGCCCGGGCAAAGGAGAAGUCUUUUCCUGAUGAUGCUGCGACUUGGGCCGCCUGCCACCACACUGAAGUUGCCCGGUCCAUUCUCACCAAUCCGGAGGACACCAUGGACUUUUUCAAAGUCAUGUCAUCUCAUGUCCUGGUCUCCAGAGUUGAAAACGUCCAGGUUACUUCGUUCCUGGUUUGUCUUCUGAUCCGGAUAACUUCCAGGCGUUUGAACGCCGAAUCUCGGGUCUUGCUGGGUUUGGCUAUAGCCUUACCCUUCCUCCUGCGGGCCGCCUCUUGCUCCGCCUCAUCGACCUCAUGGACAUUUGAGGGUGCUGCUUCAUUCAUGGUCCCCGUCAGAUUCACCGGGCGUAUAGGGACCAUCCUAGGGACAAAUGUCGAUGGGGUCGACACCGAAGCUCCGAAUUACUCGUUUCUGCGGCAAGCAACGGCGGCGCCGGAAGUGUCACACUAUGAUUACAUCAUCAUCGGCGGUGGGACCGCCGGGUGCCCGCUGGCGGCGACGCUGUCGCAGAACUACAGCGUGCUUGUGCUGGAGCGGGGCGGGUCGCCGUACGGGAACCCGAACAUAACCCACAUGUCGGCGUUCGGGGCGGCCCUCUCGGACCUCUCGGAGUCCUCCCCGUCCCAGAGGUUCAUCUCGGAGGACGGGGUCAUCAACGCGCGGGCCCGCGUUCUGGGCGGCGGGAGCUGCCUGAACGCCGGGUUCUACUCGCGGGCCGCGCCCGAGUUCGUGAGGCGGAUGGGGUGGGACGGGCGGGCGGUGAACGAGUCGUACGAGUGGGUGGAGGAGAAGGUGGCGUUCCGGCCGCCGGUGAAGGCGUGGCAGUCGGCCGUGAGGGAGGGGUUGCUGGAGGCCGGGAUUCGGCCGUACAAUGGGUUCACUUAUGAUCAUAUUAGUGGGACUAAGGUGGGUGGGACCAUUUUCAACUCCUCCGGCCACCGUCACACCGCCGCCGAUCUUCUGGAGUAUGCUAACCCGGCUCGCCUUACUGUGCUCUUGCAUGCUUCCGUCCACCGAAUAUUGUUUACCAACAAAGGAAAAUCAAAGAUAGUGGCCAAUGGAGUGGUGUUCAGAGAUGCAUCAGGGACAAGACACCGGGCAAUCUUGAUGAGGGGGCCCAUGAACGAAAUCAUCGUGUCCGCUGGAGCACUGGGCAGCCCACAACUGCUAAUGCUCAGCGGAAUAGGCCCAGCCCAUCAUCUUCGGGCCCAUAACAUCAGCGUUGUAUUGGACCAGCCCAUGGUCGGGCAAGGCAUGUCCGACAACCCGAUGAACGCCGUCUACAUCCCGUCGCCGGUUCCCGUCGAGGUUUCCCUCAUCCAGGUCGUCGGAAUCACCCCCUCCGGCAGCUACAUUGAAGCCGCUUCCGGCGAGAACUUCGGCGGCUCCAGCACUCAUUACGGAAUGUUCUCCCCUCAGAUCGGACAACUAUCGACGGUGCCGCCAAAACAAAGAACGCCGGAGGCCAUAGCCGCCGCCAUCGAAGCAAUGAGCCAGCUACAGCCACCGGCAUUUCAAGGAGGCUUCAUCCUGGAGAAGAUAAUGGGGCCCAUCUCCUCUGGCAACCUCUCGCUCCGAACUCGGAGCCCGGACGACAACCCCGUCGUCACCUUCAACUACUUCCAAGAACCGGAGGACCUUCGGCGCUGCGUGGAGGGGAUCCGAGUCAUCGAGUCCGUCGUGGAGUCCCGCCCGUUUUCCCGGUUCAAAUACGACGACAUGUCGUGGCAGAUCCUGCUCAACAUGACCGCCGCCGCGCCGGUGAACCUGUUGCCUAAGCACGCCGGUGCGCCGGUGAACCUGGAGCAGUAUUGUCGGGACACGGUGAUGACGAUCUGGCAUUACCAUGGUGGUUGCCAGAUCGGCCGCGUCGUCGACGAUGAUUAUAAGGUGGUUGGAGUUGGGAAUCUCCGGGUGGUGGAUGGGUCUACUUUCCAUUAUUCUCCGGGAACUAACCCUCAGGCAACUGUUAUGAUGCUCGGAAGGUACAUGGGAGUGAGGAUUUUAAGUGAAAGACUUGGCAAACAAGACUAGAAGUGAUGAUGAAGAAGCUGUUUAUAUAUAUACAUAUACUUGACUUUUUCUUUUCAUUUUCUUUUUUUUUUUGAAAAAAGUCUAGCAAAAAUUGAUGCAGGGGUAUAUAUAGAGGUGAAGUGUUAUAAUAAUGUACGGAUUAUAUAUGCAAUUCAUUGAAUAAAAUAGUUCACCCUCCUUGAGCAAUAUUUUGUUAUCAUGUUUUAAUUUUUAGAUUUUAGAGAUUAGUUAGUAUCAUUAAAGAAAUCUUAAAUGCUAAC